CGAGCCGUACCGAGUUUAGUCUUCCUCGAGCCGACGGAUAUCCUCUGCCUCUUCCAAAUUACAAUUAAUAGAACCGAACACUGGUAGAGAGUGUGCUGCACGAGCGUUACAAAAAUGUUUAAACUACUAGUUAUAGUCUUUGCAAUCUCUAUAAACAAUGUUUACACAGGAAACACGAGUGGAAAACCCUGCACCAUCAAGUCGUCCCACUCUCCAGGAGUAUGCAAACUAUUGACAGAAUGUAAGACGAUUCUAGACGAAGAAAUGUCUGAUCACAGUGCACCCCAGUGCGGCAGAACCCAAUCCGUAGUUUGUUGUCCAAAAUCUCGUCGACCGGGAGAUAUCAGCGCACGAAAAUGUAGAGAAUACUCUUCGUAUACACAAGAGAAACAAUUGUGUGGACACACAGUUGUCCCGCUCAUUGUUGGAGAACAACGAGCUGAGGGAAAGGAGUUUCCGCACGUGGCGGUGUUGGGAUAUGCGUACGGAUUUUUGGAGAAACUUGAGUGGAAGUGUGGAGGAAUACUUAUCAGUGAAGAUUAUAUUUUGACAGCUGCACAUUGUUUGUUUACACCUUUCCAUGUAGUAAAGUCAGUGUUGUUAGGGGUCGUAGAUCUCAAGGACACUACCCACGCAAAAGAAAUAAACAUAGCACGUAUAGUGAAACAUCCAGAAUUCAGAAAUGAUUCCCGUUACAACGACAUAGCACUUUUGAAACUGGAGAGACCAGUAGAGAUAAAUUCUUAUGUUCGUCCGGCUUGUCUCCAAAAACACUUUAGCAUUUAUUUGUCGCAAGUUAUUACUACUGGAUGGACACGGUUUCGAGCAACCGACGACGAAGGUGUGUUUAAAAUAACACAAUAUAUUGAAGACUUUCAAACGUGUAAUAAUGUCACAAGCCGGAAAAGUCUACCUGAAGGAGUUGUAAAUGAUAUACAACUUUGCACAAACGACGCGAUUGGAAAUUUGGCCGCUUGUCAGAGAGAUGCUCUUGGUAUAGUGCAAAUAUAUCGGAGUGACGACACUACAUCUUGCAUGUAUGAUAUAGUGGGCUUAACGUCGUUUGGAUUGGAAUGUUCUUCGACUCCCACUGUAAGUGCUCGAAUUUCGCACUACAUUAAGUGGAUUGAAGAUAUAGUUUGGCCAGAAGAUGCAUAAUAAAAUUAGUGAUUUUGACUGUGACGAUAGACCAAUAAUAGUAUUUGUUCGUAACACGAUCUAGUUUAUCAUAUGUAUGUAACAGAUGUACACUAAUAAAUAUAUGUGGAGCAGG